AUGCCUUCAUUCAAAGUCUACAAGGGCUCUGCCGAGGGUAUCCAGGAAGGGCUGACCACAAAGCCAAGCUUAACAGGCGACCAAACUUUUGUAAAAGUCUCGGCAUCUGGCCUGUGUGGCACAGAUCUGCAUUACAGAGCUGCUGGGAUAGUGCUUGGCCACGAAGGAGCCGGAGUCGUCCAACAGGUUGGGCCUGAUGUCAAACACUUCAAAAUCGGCGAUCGUGUUGGAUGGGGAUACCAGGCGAAUUCUUGUGGUCUAUGCGAACAAUACUUAAGUGGAAAUGAUGAAUACUGCCCUGAACGAGAAAUUUACGGAGAGGCAACUCUGGAUCAGGGCAGCUUUGGCGAGGCAGUUGUUUGGAGAGAGGCGUUCUUAUUCAAGGUUCCGGACACUAUUCCGGACGCCGAUGCAGCGCCGCUGAUAUGUGGUGGUGCGACUGUUUGGAGCGCUCUACACAAAUACGGCCUGUCAUCUACAUCCACCAUCGGAAUUAUUGGAGUUGGUGGUUUGGGCCAUCUCGCUAUUCAAUUUGCCUCUAAGCUGGGCAUGAACGUGGUGGUUCUGUCUACCAACGAAUCUAAGAAAGACGAAGCUCUCAAGCUGGGUGCUAACCACUUUGCAAGCACGAGCAAAGCAGAGGCUAUUGACAUUGGUCCCUCGAAGCUGGACGCACCUGUGGUCACGGCGUCUGUUGAAACCAAGUGGGAGACCUACAUGCCUCUCCUCAAACCACAGGCGAUGAUACUUCCUCUGACCGUUCAUUUUGGCAACUUUACUAUGCCUCAUUUCCCCAUGAUUGGAAACGGAUUGCGGAUCCAGGGCACGGUGAUUGCGUCAAGAUUGGAGCUGAAGAGAAUGCUGGACUUUGCUUCCAGGCACAACAUCCGACCAGUCACUAUGCUCUUCCCAUUAAACAAGGUCGGCAUUGAGGACUCUAUGAAAACUCUCAGCGACGGAAAAAUGCGGUAUCGUGGCGUUCUAGUUGCUCAAUAG